AAUUUUCUUUUCUAUCAUGUGAAGUUGGCCACCUAUUGAGAUCCGCCAAGGAAGCGCAUAUGAACAUGCUGCGCGUGUGGGGAGGCGGUGUUUACGAAUCAGAUUACUUCUACCAGCUCGCCGACAGUCUAGGCCUUCUAAUUUGGCAAGAUAUGAUGUUUGCAUGUGCCAUGUACCCGGUUGGCGACGACUUCUUGUCAUCAGUGCGUGAGGAGGUUCGCCAAAAUGCCAUACGGCUGUCGCACCAUCCCAGCGUGGCAAUUUUCGUAACCAACAAUGAAAACGAAGCCGCAUUGGUACAGAACUGGUAUGGCACGCUGUUUGAAAGAGAUCGCUUUGAAAGCGACUACCGGGAGCUCUACCUGGCCAAUGUCAUCCACGAAUUAAAGCUAGUCUCGCAUCGCUCUCGACCCCAGCCACUAGUCUCAUCGCCCUCCAAUGGCAAGGCCAGUGAAAAGGAAAACUACAUUUCUAGCAACCCCCAGGACAAUCACAAUGGCGAUGUACAUUUCUACGACUACACAAAGGACGGCUGGGACCCAGAAAUUUAUCCACGUCCUCGAUUUGUUAGUGAAUACGGCUUUCAGAGCUUUCCAGGAACUUAUGCCUGGCAGCGCAGCAAGAACGGCGAUGACGACCUUCUUGCUCUAAUUAGACACCGCCAGCACCAUCCGCUAGGAAAUAUUCCCGUAAUCGCUUUGGUGGAGAGACACCUUCCGCUCCCCUUGCCAGAGGAUGAUAACUAUGCCAAUGCACUGAUAUACUUCAGCCAGAUCGCUCAGGCCAUGGCCACUAAGGUGGAAACGGAAUUGUACCGCAGCCUGCGGGACACCCCUCACAAAACCAUGGGCGCCCUUUACUGGCAGCUAAACGACGUAUGGGUGGCGCCAUCCUGGUCCGGCAUAGAUUUCUACGGCAACUGGAAGAUUCUUCAUUACUGGGCGCGCGACUUUUUAGCGCCGAUUGCAAUCGUAGCUCUCUACGAAAGAUCCACGGACUCGCUAAACAUCUCGCUUAUUUGCGAUUUACUGGAGGUGGACACGCGGGAACUCAAUGUCGUGGCUAAUGUUUAUUUGUGGUCUCAGCUGCUGCCGCGCCAAUCAACGACGUGGGAGGUUACCCUUCGCCCCAAUGGCGUGCACUACGACAAGGUCAUUCCCAUUUCUGAUCUGCUAAAGGGGCAAUUCACUAAAACAAACUCAUUCCUGGAGUUUCAUCUGCGUCGAGGCCAUGAAGUGAUCUCCAGGACCUACUUCUUCCCCAGCAGCAUUACCGCUGCCGUCGGAAUCGAAGACCCCGAUCUAGAGUACAAUAUCGCCUCCCUAACCUGUCUCAAUACCACCGAUGUCAAGCGCAACAGCGUAAGCAUUACCAUCCAAGUGAAGCGCCCAGCUGUGUUUGUAUACCUGGAGUUUCUAAAGCCGUACCGCUACACGCUGUCUGAGAACGGAUUUAUGCAGACCGCGCCGAUGCACGUCGUCUAUCUGACGUUUGACGCGCCUUCAUGUGACCGACAUCUGCGCAAAACAGACCUACGGGUACUAACCGUCAACGACUUUAUGAGAUAGACCGACACGACUUCCUUGACAACUUUAAUUCAACUUUUAUAAAUAGCUUAACAAUAAUCAAAUCAAUAAAUAUAAUUAGCCGUUGAGCACCAACA